AUGAUUGGAAGACGCCAAUUCACUCGCCAAAUCGCACGCCAACUUCACACUUCGGCCAGAAAUAGCGCUAAUCAGUUCUCAAUUCCAAGAUGGGCUUAUUUGGCCUGUGGCCUGGUUAUCUUGGGAGCGGGCGUCUCAUUUUGGUCAGUCAAUUCUUCUAUCGUGCGUUCCGAUGCCACAUUUGCAUCCGUGUUUCCUGUUUCAGAGGUUAUGAAACAUAAUACUAUGGAUGACUGCUGGAUUGCCAUAGACGGCCAUGUUUAUGAUGUUAGCAAAUUUUUGGCACAACACCCUGGUGGAGCAGCAAGGAUUUUGCGUUUUGCAGGAAGCGACGCAUCCUCAGCAUUUAGAUCUAUUCACACUGAGCUGGUUCUUAACAGAAUGAAAGAACAUGUUACAUAUCUUGGCCCAUUAGGAGAGGGGGAGUUCUUGAAUAAGGCUAAGAAGGAACAAAAACUCGAUGUGGCAUUGGGAGACAAGCCAUCUUUGGCGCAUAUUUUCAAUUUGCUGGACUUUGAAUUUGUGGCCAAGAAAGUUCUUCCCCAAACCACCUUUACAUACUAUGCAACGGGUUCGUCGGACGAGUUUUCACUCAGAGAAAACCGGUACGCAUAUCUGAGGGUUUUCUUCAAGCCAAAAGCAUUACAGAAUGUGCAACAGGUGUCGACUAGUACAAAAAUGCUAGGAAUUGAUGCAGAAUUACCUCUUUAUAUUUCUGGGUUUGCCGGAUCUUGUUUGGCUCAUCCAGACGCUGAAUGGAACUUACAAAGAGCAGCAUAUAAGGAGAAAAUUGUUCAAAUGGUUCCUAAACAGAAUUCCAUUGAUUUUGACGAGUUCUUCGAUGGAGUACCUGCUGAUCAAGAGCAGUGGGCACAACUUCACUUUUAUACUGACGAGGAAUUGGAAAAUAUGGAUGAAUAUAUCAAUCGGUUUGAAAGCAGGAAAAACAUCAAGGGAAUCUUCUUCAAUGUGGACGUCACCGCCUUAGGCAACAGAGAGAAAGAUUCCAAGGUCCGAGCUCUAGAUGAAGAUUUAGGUGAAACAUUGAACGAAAUGGCGAACAAUAGUGGUGCUGAAUACUGUAAAACAUUUACUUGGGACCAUGUUCGGAAGUUAGUUCAGAAAACUAACUUGCCUGUGGGGCUCAAAGGAAUACAAAGAGGUGAAGAUGUUGUUCUUGCAGCUCAGAAUGGAAUCAAGGCGGUAAUUUUGUCUAACCACGGAGGCCGCCAGUUGGACUUCUCACGACCACCUUUGGAAGUUUUAGCUGAAGCAAAACAAAUGCUUAAAGAGAACGGGUUGGAAAAAGAUAUUGAGAUUUACGUUGAUGGCGGAAUUCGCCGUGGUUCAGAUAUCAUCAAGGCCAUCUGUUUGGGUGCGAAAGGUGUAGGAAUGGGCCGGCCCUUUUUGUAUGCUAUGGCAGGCUAUGGGGAAGCAGGCGUAGUUCGGGCGAUCCAAAUUCUCAAAAUGGAAAUGAUCAACAAUAUGCGGUUGCUUGGGGCACGUAACAUUGCCGAGUUGGAUGAAUCAUUCAUUGAUGCAUCGAGCUUAAAAUUGCAUAACCCAAAUGUCAACGACAGGUUGUAUGACGAGAACUACGUGUCGCUUCCCUCUCCACCUUGGGGAAAAGCGUAA